AUGGCCACUCCGGAGGCGCCGGCGCGCGAGCGGCCGUGGCUGCUGCCCUAUAACCGCCGGCUGCGACACCUGCAAGGCCUCGCCAUCCGCAACCUGACGCUGGCCCUCGCCCCGGGCCGCCCGCGCGGGAAGACGACCGACGACGACGCCCUGCCGAGCGCCCUCACGUCGCCGGCCAAGGCCCUGGCCCGCGAGGCCGCCGUCGCCCACUCGCGCUCGUCGACCGACCUCCGUUCCAUCCCCGACGAGGACCGCUUCGAUGGCCCGCCCCCGUCGCCGCGCCCGGUGCGCCCCAGGCGCAUGCGCCGCCGCUCGACGCUCGAGUGGGCGAAUGCGAGCCCGCUGACGCGCCAGAAGCGCCUCGAGGACAUCACCGCCGGCCGCAUGGCCGACACCUUCUUCUCCCUGCACGUCGACGGCGUCCCCGCGCCCGUGUACAUCUCCGAGGUCGCCGAGAAGGCCAUGAACCCCAACUUCAAGUUCUUCGACCUGGGUCCGUGUGGGCCGCCCGUCACGCGCCUCGACCGCCUGACCGUGCGCGUGUGGGCGAAGAGCGACCACAUGCAGCACUGGCAGUUCCUGCUCGACUACACCGUGCACCUCGCGUCGCUGCACUUCAUCGGCAAGACCCUGGGCGCCUUCCGCCACCCGCUGCCGCAGAACUGCCUGCUCUUCCACAUGACCGACGGCAUCUACACCAGCUUCGUCGACCUGCCCGUCGACGCGCAUGGUGAGCUGUUCGCCCCGCCCAAGACGAACCCCGACGGCCGCAUCGCCACCUCGUCGUCCUACGACGCCCUGAUGCGCCUGUCGACCCUCGACGACUGCAUCCAAGACGCCCUGAUAACACGCGACCGCAUCGCCGACGAGAUCGAGGGCAUCCUCGAAGCCAACCGCGCCGCCAUGUCGACCCUCACCCGCGUCCCCGAAGCCGAAGAGAGUCUCCACACCGUCCAAGCCGCCGCCACCGCCGAGCACCGCCGCGUCCUCGCCCUGCGCCGCCGCCGCACCGACCUCGCCGCCAGCCUGCAAGCCCGCCGCGACAAAAUAACCGCCGGCCGCGCCCUCACCGCCCUCAUCGCCUCGGAGCUGCCCACGCGCCGCGCCCUAACCGCCGAAACCACCUCCGCCAUCCACACCACCCGCGCCGCCAUCCUCGCCCAGCGCCGCCGCCUGUGCGCCGACCUCGCCGCCAUCUACCCCCUGACUCCGCUCCCCUCCCCCCUCGCCUUCACAAUCCGCGACCUCCCCCUGCCCCCCGCGCCCCUCGACUCGACAGACCCCCCCGCCACCGCCGCCGCCCUCGGCUACGCAGCGCACCUCCUCGCCGCCCUCGCCCUCUACGCCGCCGUCCUGCUGCCCUACCCGCUCACCCUCUGCGGCUCCACGAGCUCCAUCGCUGACCCGCUCGCCCUCAUGUCCGGCGCCGGCCCCAACAUGCGAGAGUUCCCGCUCUACAGCACCGGCGCGGUGCGGUUUAGGUUCGAGUAUGCGGUGUUCUUGCUCGGCAAGAAUGUGCAGAUCCUGACUCAAGCGCUGGGGGUCCGCGGCGUGGGCGCGGGGGAGGUGCUCGGCGGGUUGAAACUGGCGCUUCUUGUUGCGGGGGGCGAGGGGGCGGUGCCGGUAAGGAGGGCGGGCGGGAUUAGGGGGUUGUUGGGGUGGGGAAGGAAGGGGAGUAUUGAUAGUGUGGUGUCGCGGAGCAGUGCGGGAGGGGGUGGGGGUGGAGGUGGGGGUUGGGGAGGGGAGGCCGAGGCGGAGACGGAUGCGGAUCAGGAUGGUGCGUCGGGGGCGCUAAAUGGGAAGACCGCUGCUGCGCUGCCGGGGAGUCGGCUAAGGCCCGUCGAGUAA